AUGGUCGUGGUCGUGGACGUGGACGUGGACGUGGACGUGGACAUGGACGUGGACGUGGACGUGGACGUGGACGUGGACGUGGAUGUGGACGUGGACGUGGACGUGGACGUAGACGUAGACGUGGAUGUGGACGUGGACGUGGACAUGGUAUUGGACGUGGACGUGGACGUGGACGUGGACGUGGACGUUGACGUGGACGUGGACGUGACGUGGACCUGGACGUGGACCUGGACGUGGACGUGGACGUGGACGUCGUGGUCGUGGACAUGGACGUGGACGUCGACGUGGACAUGGACGUGGAGGACUUGGACGUGGACAUGGACGUGGACGUGGAGGACUUGGACAGAGGACGUGGACGUGGACGUGGACAUGGACAUGGACGUGGAGGACUUGGACGUGGACAUGGACGUGGACGUGGACAUGGACGUGGACAUGGACAUGGACGUGGACGUGGACAUGGACGUGGACGUGGACGUGGACGUGGACGUUGACGUGGACAUGGACGUGGACUUGGACGUGGACGUGGACGUGGACUUGGACGUGGACGUGGAUGUGGACGUGGACGUGGACAUGGACGUGCACGUGGACGUGGAUGUGGAUGUGGACAUGGACGUGGACGUGGACGUGGACAUGGACGUGGACGUGCACGUGGACGUGGACGUGCACGUGGACGACUUGGACGUGGACAUGGACGUGGACGUGGACGUGGACAUGGACGUGGACAUGGACCUGGACGUGGACGUGGACGUGGACCUGGACGUGGAUGUGGACGUGGACCUGAACGUGGACGUGGAUGUGGACGUGGACGUGGACGUGGACGUGGACGUAGACGUGGACGUGGACGUGGACGUGGACAUGGACGUGGACGUGCACGUGGACGUGGACACGGACGUGGACGUGGACGUGGACGUGGACAUGGACGUGGACGUGGACGUGGAGGACAUGGACGUGGACAUGGACGUGGACGGGGACGUGGACGUGGACGUGGACGUGGACAUGGAUGUGGACGUGGACGUGGACAUGGACGCGGAUAUCGACGUGGACGUGGACAUGGACGUGGACAUGGACGUGGACGUGGACAUGGACGUGGACAUGGACGUGGACGUAGACAUGGACGUGGACGUCGACGUGGACGUGGACGUGGACAUGGACGUGGACGUGGACGUGGACGUUGACGUGGACGUGGACGUGAACAUGGACGUGGACAUGGACGUGGACGUGGACAUGGACCUGGACGUGGACGUGGACAAGGACGUGGACGUGGACGUGGACAUGGACGUGGACAUGGACGUAGACGUGGACGUGGACAUGGACGUGGACGUGGACGUGGAGGACAUGGACGUGGACAUGGACGUGGACGUGGACGUGGACAUGGAUGUGAACGUGGACGUGGACGUGGACAUGGACGCGGACAUCGACGUGGACGUAGACAUGGACGUGGACAUGGACGUGGACGUGGACAUGGACGUGGACGUGGACGUGGACAUGGACGUGGACGUGGACGUGGAGGACUUGGAUGUGGACAUGGACGUCGACGUGGACGUGGACGUGGACGUGGACGUGGACAUGGACGUGGACGUGGACGUGGAUGUGGACAUGGACGUGGACCUGGACGUGGACAUGGACGUGGACGUGGACAUGGACGUGGACAUGGACAUGGACGUGGACGUGGACGUGGACAUGGACGUGGACGUGGACGUGGACAUGGACGUGGACGUGGACGUGGAGGACAUGGACGUGGACAUGGACGUGGACAUUGACGACAUGGACGUGGACAUGGACGUGGACGUGGACGUGGACGUGGACAUGGAUGUGGACGUGGACGUGGACAUGGACGCGGACAUCGACGUGGACGUGGACAUGGACGUGGACAUGGACGUGGACGUGGACAUGGACGUGGACGUGGACGUAGACAUGGACGUGGACGUGGACGUGGACCUGGACGUGGACGUGGACGUGGACGUGGACAUGGACGUGGACGUGGACGUGGACGUGGACGUGGACAUGGACGUGGACGUGGACGUGGAGGACAUGGACGUUGACAUGGACGUGGACGUGGACGUGGACAUGGACGUGGACGUGGACGUGGACAUGGACGUUGACGUGGACGUGGACGUGGACGUGGACAUGGACGUGGACGUGGUCAUAGACGUGGACGUGGACAUGGACGUUGACGUGGACGUGGACGUGGACGUGGACAUGGACGUGGACGUGGACGUGGAGGACAUGGACGUGGACAUGGACGUUGACGUGGACGUGGACGUGGACGUGGACAUGGAUGUGGACGUGGACGUGGACAUGGAUGCGGACAUCGACGUGGACGUGGACAUGGACGUGGACAUGGACGUGGACGUGGACAUGGACGUGGACGUGGACGUAGACAUGGACGUGGACGUGGACGUGGAGGACUUGGAUGUGGACAUGGACGUGGACGUGGACGUGGACGUGGACAUGGACGCGGACAUGGACGUGGACGUGGACAUGGACGUGGAUGUGGAGGUGGACGUGGACAUGGACGUGGCAUGGACGUGGAUAUGA